UUUCAGAAGAGUCACACGAUUGCCUAAGUUUCUUUGGCUUUUGAUUGUGAGCGCCUCUUCUCAGCAAGCUUUCCAUCAUGACUGAGCCCUUCUUGGGAACCUGGAAACUGGUCUCCAGUGAAAACUUUGAUGAAUACAUGAAACAACUAGGAGUGAGUGCUGCAGUCCAGAACCUUGCUGGGUUGACAAAGCCAAGAAUCACUAUUAGCGCCGACAGGAAUAAGGUUAACAUCAAAACAGAAAGUUCUUUCAAAAUUACUGAGAUCGGAAUCAUAACAUUAGAUGGUGGCUCAAUGAUUCAUUUCCAAAAAUGGCUUGGCAAAGAGACAACAAUCAAAAGACAAAUUGUAGAUGGAAAAAUGGUAGUGGAAUAUAUCAUGAAUAAUAUUGUCAGCAUUGGAAUCUACAAAAAGGUAUGAAGAAAUUGUAUGUGUCAGUGAAAACUUGUUCACUAACAGGAAACUGG